CUUAUCUAUGACUAAAGCCCAUAGAAGAUAAGUAGGCACCUGCCCUACAAAUAAAUAAUAAUUAUUUAUUCACAUACAUAUUUAUCUAGCAAGGUUUUAGCUACUUUAACUAUCAUGGCAAAAAAUACUUUAAGCUCAGCAUUCCGGAAAAUAGACAUAGAUCAAUACAAUGAAGACAACUUCAAAGAAGACGAAGCAGAACAAGCCGGCCCUACUGGACCGGAUGAAGGCGAAGUGUGUUCGUUGUUAAAUCAAGGCAGACAUAUUGAUGCACUCAAGCUAGUGUUAAAUAAUGCUCCGCUUGGAUCAUCUAAUCAACAGGUAAAGGAAAACGCAUUAACUCUGACUUUGAAGGUGUUGCUUGCAAUCAAAUCUGCACAAAUAGAGGAAGCAGUUGGAAGUUUGUCUUUAGAUGAUAUAGAUAAUCUUAUGAAGUAUAUCUAUAAAGGCUUUGAAUUUCCAUCAGAGGGUUCAAGUGGCCAUCUGUUGUUAUGGCAUGAUAAAGCAUACAGUGUAGGUGGUCUUGGUUGUAUAGCAAGAGUUCUUUCAGACAGAAUGAGAGUCUAAUUAUUAUAAAUACUACACGGCUCAACCAAUCAAUGAGACCUUUAUCCUAAACUUUAAGGAGUGUUGGUUUAAUCUUUUUAUCUGUUUACAGAACGAUUCAUGGUUUAGUGCGUCUAAAUUUUAUUUAUUACUUAACUGUGUAGUUAAAUAAAAUUUAUAUAAAAUUUAAAAUAUCACCCCUGUUCAUUGAAAUGGUAACCGAAAUCCAAAUUAGAAAGGAAUGUUAAAACGUGACUUCUAAAUACAGGGUGGGCCAGAAAAAACACUUUUGAAUUCUGUUUACUAAAACAUAGAUUAAAAUUCAAAGUUUAUUAUUUAUUUUGAGAUAUAGGAUAUUUACAAUCUAUGUUUUACAAAGAACAUCGUCAAGAUAUCCACCAGAUCGACGAGAACGCAAAUUUUGAAUCACUU